AAUGCUGUCACUGUCAAAGAUUUUGUAAAACUGUGGUGGUUUGUGGAUGUCAUUUUAGGAAUUUCUCACUAAUUUAAUAAUAUUUUAAUCUGUUUGGUUUAUUACAAGUGUUAAACAUUUAAUAACUUUAUACUGUGCUUUCUAGUUAUCAUUCCAUCGAAAUAAUGUCUUGUGUAUUUUUUUCAUUAAAAGGUUAAGUGUGAAUUAUUAUGUAAAAAAACACAAUAAUUUAUAAAAAUGAUGGCUGAUAAUGAAGUAGACGAGGCUCUAGCCUCGUUAGACAUGCUGAUGUCGGAGUUCUUUGCACCAGCAACAAGUAACUUCAGAAAGAGAGAGAUUGAGAAUAUGCUCGAGAAUUUUUCCAAUAGAAAUGAUUCUUGGAAACAUUGUUUGUUAUUCUUACAAAAAUCACAAAAUCAAUAUGUGUUGAUGUUUACUUUGACUACUUUGGAGAAUAUAAUCAACCGGCAGUGGAUCAGUCUAUCAGACAAUGAGAAGACUGAAGUGAGGCUUACAUUAUGGAAUGAAUUGUUGGCCAAACAUGAAGUGAUGGUGUAUUUUAUAAGAAAUAAAGUAGCUGCACUCAUGGUGUCCAUUGCACGCUAUGAUUGGCCUCAUUUGUAUGAUGAUUUCUUCAGUAAUAUUGUUGAGUUGAUCAGAAGUGAUGGGUCUCGUUGUCUCCUGGGCUUGGUGCUGGCACAGGCUGCUAGUGAAGAGCUUGGUGCUGCACGUGACACAGGUGUCCUGUUACCAUCCACUCGUAGGAGUCAACUGGAGAGGCUCAUGCUCAAGGGCAUGCCACAGCUUUUGAGUGCUCUAAGUGAUAUUUUGGAAAAAAAUGCCCAGAAGGAGGGUCAGUCUAAUCCACCGCCAUCACCAACUCAUGGUGUGCCACAGACUUCAGCACUACCAGACCUGUUGGCCAAUGCACACGAUGUCACUGCUGCUGAUAAAGCUCUAAAUAUGGAGAUAGUAGUAAAAUGUCUAACAACUCUUCAACAUUUAUUCUCAUGGCUACCACUGUCCUCCCAUGUACCACCAUCCUUAGUGACAACAGUGUUCUAUUGGGGCAGUAUAGCUACACAAUCACAGAGUAUGGAGGCGGCGCUGUGCGGUCUGGGCGGCGUGUGCGAGCUGCUGUACCGGCGGUACGCGCCGCCGUCGUCGGCCGCCACGGCGCUGCGCCUGCAGCACUGCGCGCUGCGCCUGCUGCGCCACCUCACGCACGCGCCGCACGCCGUCACGCAUGCGCACCACGAUUACCUUAACAAGUUAGCAGAGUUCCUAAAACUGUUUGUGUCAUUGCAUUUCAAGAGGUUGGAGGCAGAGCCAGAGUUUGACGCCAUUGAAUUCUUGUCAUAUCUAUUCCAAUAUACAUUCCAGGUACCCACGUGUGGUAUUUUUGUAAACUGUUUAGAUAUAUGGAUACAAUUUAUAGACAUUCUGAAGCCAGAAGAUACACCUAAAUAUUGGGAAGCUUUACAAGCGCUCGUGAAUGGAGUGCUGAACAAAAUACAGUUCCAACAUAAUAAGGCUCAGUUACAGCAUCUCGACAAUGAUGUUCGUGACGAUGACGGAGAGACCGAAUGGCACACAUUCCUGAAACAUUGUAUAGAAUGUAUCGCUCGCGUGGCGGAACUAGCGCCGCUCGAUGUUUUCACUGCCGUGCUAGAGCGCUGGCAGUGCCUGGCGGGCGUACACGCGCGGGCGGCGUCGCGCGGCGGCGAGGGCGAGCGCCUGCUGGCCGCGCUGCUCGACCUCGCCACGCUCACGCGCGUGCUGGGGCGGCUGGCACCCGCGCUGCUCGCAGAGACGGAGAGCAGCCGUCGCGCGACGGGCUGGGCGCUGGGCGCGGGGCUGGUGGAGCGGGUGGGCGCGGCGCUGGGCGGCGCCGCCCUCACGCGCCCGCACCGCGCCGCGCCGCACCAUCUCGCGCAUGCGCACGUGCACGUGCACGCAGAAAUGUUCGCGUGUAUGGGCGCGUGGUGCUGCUAUGCGAACGAGUGCGGCGUCCCCGUGCACACCAUGGAGGGACUGUUCUCAUCAGCUGUACCCUUCUUACUGCCGCACGAGAUACCGGAACCGCCGUUGUUAUGCCAUGCCGCAGCGCAUCUUCUGUUGAGCCUCGCGAAGAACGUGAAAUUCAACAGCGAUCCUGUAGUGCUGUGUGGCGACUUGUAUGAACACGCGCAGAGAUCUCUGCAGUACCUCGCGCCGAAGACGUCGCUGGUGGUGCGCGAGGCGCUGCUGUCGCUAGCACUGCGCGGCGGCGCGGGCGGCGCGGGUGGGGCGGCGCGCGCGCUGCUGGCGGCGUGGGGCGGCGCGCUGCAGGCGCAGGGCCCCGCGCUGGCGCUGCCGCCGCUCACCGCGCUGCUGCACGCCUUCGCUGACGCGCCUACGCAUGCUAAGAAGGCGAUAGCAGAAGGUAUUCAAGGUUCAGCCGAGACGGCGUUACGUAUGCUAUGCGAGCCGACGUUCGCGUCAGCCGAGCCGGAGAUCACGGACUUCUUCCUCGCGCUGUUCACCGCGCUGCUGCCGCAACUCGGCAACUUUGCGUACAACGCCAUCGAUGUCUUCCUAGAAGUGGCACAGAGGGGCGGCGGGUCGCUGGGGCUGGAGCGGCUGGUGGAGUGCGUGCGGCUGGGCGUGGAGGCGGGCGGCGGCGCCGUGCUGCCCCGCGCCGUGCUCACCCUGCUCGCGCGACACGUGCUGCCGCGCGCCACGCUCGCCGCGCCCGACCUCGCGCGCGCCGCCUACCGCCUGCUCGCCAGUGUGCUGAUCCACCGCUGGCGCUACUUCUUCCCCAACAAGUGCGAGGAAUCAGAAAGCAACGCGCGCACAGACGAGCUGCGCGGCGCGCUGUCAGCGCUGGGGCGGGCGCUGCUGCAGCCCGACAUCGAGCUGUUGCGGCUCAACAUCGACACGCUCGACACACUCAACACCAAGUGCAAGCUUUACCAUAAGGUGAUGUUCCGCACGGAGUUCUUGGGCGAGUUCCUGUCGGUGCUGCUGCUGGGGCUGGCGGAGGGCGGGUGGCGGGCGCUGGCGCGGGACGAGGCGACGGCCGCCGUGCACGCGAUGGCGCUGGUCGACUUCCCCGCCUUCCGCGCCGCCUUCCUGCCGCACUUCCUCGCCUCGCUGCCCGGCCUCGCGCCUCAGCAUCAACAGAUGUUGGCGCAGUUUCCGCCUGAUACUGACUUACCAACAUUCACGCAAAAUAUCCAGCGUCUGAUGAACGACAUAAACUGUUACCGCGCGUACGGCUCUCUUGCACCCGUCGGCAUGGCGUCCUAGCACCGCCUCGAAUUUCACGCGCUACUGUGAUAUGUGAACACUUGUGAUAAAUAACUUAUACAUACGUAGCUCUACGGACUGGAGUCGACAAUAUUACGUAUUUGUGCAGAAAAUGGUGGAUAUAUGGAGAUAUACAUGUACAUAUAUGUGG